AUGGCAGCGCUCGCGGCGUCUUCGCUCAACGGCGUCAAGAUCUACAACCUGUCGUCGGGCAAGACAUUGCCCCAAUGGCUCGCCGAGAAAAGCGGCAGUCGCAAAGCAUUGGCCAAGGACGAGGACUACCGUCGCCGUGUGGAAUUGCUGCAGGACUUUCACUUUCCUGCUAGUUCACAGCGUGUGCGCAUGGCGGCCGAUGGCCACUUUGUCGUAGCCACUGGCGUGUACCCGCCACUGGUCAAAGUCUUUGACGUGCGCGACCUGAGUCUGAAGUUUGAGCGGGGACUCGAUGCCGAAGUGGUGCAGUUUGAGGUGCUGUCGUCUGACUUUGGCAAGCUCGCGUUCCUCCAAGCCGACCGGUCCGUUGCGUUCCACGCACCCUAUGGCACACACUACAGUCUGCGGAUUCCCAAGUUUGGUCGCGAUAUGACGUACCAUCGCGAGAAUUGCGAGCUGUACGUAGCUGCGUCUGGUUCUCAAGUGUACCGGAUCAAUUUGGACCAAGGCAGGUUUGUCGCUCCACUAGAGCUCCAGUCGCAAUCGUCAGCAGCGAACGUUGUGCAACUGAACCCCAUCCAUCAGCUGCUUGGUGUCGGCUGUGAAGAUGGUGUGGUGGAGAUGUUUGACUCGAGGAGCCAGCAACGUGUGGGUAGUCUGGAUGUAGCAGCGCAGAGUGCACGGUCUAACGCCGACAAGCAGCUGGAGAUCACAGCUUUGAGAUUUGACGACGAUGGAUUGACGUUUGGCGUUGGUACGUCCGACGGACAGUGUCUGCUAUACGACUUGCGCUCGACGCGACCAUUGCUAGAAAAAAGUCAUCAGUACGGCCUGCCGAUUGUGGACCUGCAGUUUCAUGACUACGCCCGGAAGGUGAUUUCAUCCGACGCUAAGGUGAUCAAGAUCUGGGACCGUCAAGACGGCGCUGUGUUUACAAACGUGGAAACGCCUGCUGCAGUGAGAGAUGUAUGUAUUGUGGAAGGAGCGCAAGGAAAGUCCGGAGUGCUGCUCGUGGCUGGCGAGCAGGAGCGUGUGAUGAGCUACUACAUUCCAGAGCUAGGCAUCGCUCCGAAGUGGUGCUCGUUCUUGGACUCGCUUACUGAGGAGCUUGAAGAAGAGGCACAGGCCACGGUGUACGACGACUACCGUUUUGUUACGCGCGCAGAGAUUGCUUCCUUGGGACUAGGUCACCUGGUCGGCACGCCACUGCUGAAGGCGUAUAUGCAUGGUUUCUUCAUGGAUGCUCGUUUGCACAAAAAAGUGAAGGCCGUAGCCGAUCCGUUUGCGUACGAUGAGUGGCGCAAGAAGAAACUGGUCGAGAAAGUCGAGGCAAAGCACAGCAAUCGCAUCACUAUCCAGCGCCGGCUGCCCAAAGUCAAUCGUGCCACCGCAGAGCGCAUUUUGCAAACCGGAGCUAAACGCAAAAAUAGUGCCAAGGCGACCGAUGGCGAAGAUGCGAAUGCUGAUAAGGCACUGUCAAAUCCAUUGGGUGACGACCGAUUCGCGCGCAUGUUUACGUCGACCGACUAUGAGGUGGAUGAGGAGAGCGAGACGUACCGCAUGCUCCAUCCCAACGCUGCUAAUUCGAAGCAGCAGCGCAAGCAACAGGAGGAUAUGGACAGCGAUGCGGUCACAGACGACGACGAGGGCGAAGAUGACGAGGUGGGCGGUCGUUUCGCCCGCGUCGAUGGCGUCGACGAAGUGGAAGUUGAAGGUCGACCAAGUGAUGAAUCUUCAGACGACGAGGAGGAGCAAGAAGUCAGUUCUGGUCGUACGCCACAAGCUGUUGCCCUGAAGGUCAAACGAAAGCGAGCACCCAAGUUUUACGAGAUUGCUGAAGGCGAGAAAAUGGAAAAUCUCAUGACGUUUGGUUCAUCAAAGGAUCGAGCUGCACAGCGUGAGAAGAGGCAGCUGGCCAAGCUGCCACUUGCAGAACGGCUGCGUAUGCAACGUGUGACAGAAAAGGAGCGCAGUGCAUUCAAGAAGGAGACUGCAAGUGGUAGCUACAUGCGCGAGAUGUCGUUUGUGCCGCAGGCCGAUUUACGGAAACAAGAAAAACGUGCUCGUGAGCGUGACAGUGGCGGAAUUGUGGAUGAUGGUGAUUCGGCAUUCGGCAAUGGCAAGCGACGGAAGAAACGCGGGGUCGGGGACCUAAAGCUGUCGAACCCUGCAGGACGUCGUCGUCGAUAG